AUGAAUAAGUUUUUGUGGGAUUUAACGUAUUUCCAACAAAGAGCGCUUGCUCCAACUAAUGAAGUAGUGGAUUCAAUAAAUAAAGAGUUGUUAGAGAGUCUGCCUGGUGAAGAAAAUGUUUAUUUUAGUUCAGAUAGUUUAUGCCAAUCUGAAGAAGAAUCAGAGCUUAAUAUGACAUUGUUUCCUCCUGAUGUGUUAAACAAUCUUCGUUUAUCUAGUUUACCUAACCAUAAAUUAGUACUGAAACUUGGUGCUCCAGUGAUGCUACUCAGAAACAUUGAUCAGUCAAAUGGAUUGUGUAAUGGUACACGUUUACAAGUCACAAGGCUUGGAAAAGUUGUGAUUCAAGCAAAAAUUAUCACAGGGACUAAUAUAGGUCAUCAUACUUUGAUUUGA